AUGAUUCAGUCUUUGAAUGCUAAGCAAUUUGAGGCUUUCUCAACAAUUAUACUGUCGGUCAAUAACAAUCUAGGGAAGUCAUUCUUUUUAUAUGGUCAUGGGGGAACAGGGAAGACUUUCUUAUAUAAUGCAAUCAUUGCAAAGUUGAGGAGUCAGUCAAAAAUUGCAAUUGUUGUGGCAUCAUCAGGAAUUGCAGCAACUCUUCUUCCAAAUGGCACAACAGCACAUUCGAGAUUCAAGAUACCUCUACAUGUCGAUGGUACAUCCACUUGCUCGAUUAAAAAAGGAACACACCUAGCUCAACUGAUACAACAAGCAUCAUUAAUUGUUUGGGACGAAGCACCAAUGACACAUCGACAUGCAUUUGAGGCCAUCAGUAGAUCAUUCUGUGAUUUAAUGGAUAUACCCAUAGAAGGACCAGGCCAUAGAUUAUUCGGGGGAAAAACAGUACUCUUUGGUGGCGACUUCAGACAGACACUGCCAUUAAUUGCAGAUUUUGGCCGUGAGCAGACUCUGGAUGGAUCCCUCACAAGGUCACCUAUGUGGUCUUCAUUUACUAUGCUCAAACUAUCAGAAAACAUGAGGUUAGAUAAUUCAUUAGCAAAUAGGGCAUUAGUUAGUGAUGGUUACACAUUUGGAGAGUGGGUUCUUGCACUUGGAGAUGGAAAGCUUCCAACAGAAUCAUUCAAACAAAAUGCUCCUUCAGACUGGAUACAAAUUCCUGAAGUGUUUUUGGUGCCUACUACAAAUGAGCCAAUCCAAUCUAUUACAUCAGAUAUAUAUGACUCAUUUGCAGAAAAGUACAAAAACACUAUUUACCUUACAAGCAGGGCAAUAGUUACACCAACCAAUGCUAAGGUCAACGAAAUCAAUGACUAUAUGCUUCAACAGCUGCCAGGGCUGGCUCGCUCAUACCACAGCUCCGAUUCUAUGCAGGUUGAUACAGAUGUUCCAGAAUCAUUUAACGAAAGCUACUUGACUGAAUUUCUGAAUACACUCACAUUCAAUGGCGUGCCAGAUCAUGAAAUCAAACUGAAAGUUCAUGCUCCAGUAAUGCUGCUCAGGAAUUUGAGUCCUUCAAAUGGUCUUUGUAAUGGGACAAGAAUUCUGAUAACUUUCUUAGGUGAGAACAUCAUCAAAGGCACAAUUAUGGGAGGAUCUUAUGACACAAAAUUGGUGAUUAUGCCAAGGAUAGUUCUCAACGUAGAAGAUAAAAGAUGGCCUUUCAUUCUCAAACGAAGGUAG